UGCAGGUCGCAAAAAAUGUAGGAAAUCACACUCAUUUAGUAAAAAUAGUUAGUGUGAAUACGAACUAUGUUCCUCAAAUUGUUUUGACUCGUGCAAGUUAUAGAAGAACGUCGAUAAUGAUUGAUUGUACUUGUACCAAUGCUGAUUAUCUUCUGAGACAAGCAUCACUUGGACACUAUUUUAACAAAACCUACCAGUGGUUUCUAUGGUCUUAUGAAAAUAAAAACGCCGAAGAAAUUGUCCCAUCUGACAUUAACUAUUUGGGGCCGAAUUCGCAAGUAACUUGCAUUAACGGAACAAAUUCUACAAUCUGGAACGUUUACUCAAAUGGAAGACAUUUGCAAAGUCCAUUGAAAUUUUCUUUAAUCUCAAACAGCGUAAGUGUGCCGCCAUUUACGAAAUUGCCUGAUAUAAACAUCGGCAAAUUGAUCUUAAAAGCUCAACAUGCAAGAACGAGGAAUCAAUUUGGUGGUCUCAAAAUGAGAGCUGUGACAGUUAUUGACCUUGACAACAUUACAAGCAACACUCAAAUAACUGGACUACUUUCCGAAAAUGUAAAGCAUAUUGGUAUAUCUGCUUUUACUAAGUAUUACUUUGAGCUCGUUCAAAUUUUAAAAGAGCAUAUCAAUUUCUCCAUUGAAUUUCGUGUUGCUCGUGGCUGGGCAGGACGUUUGGAUAAUACAAGCUUCAGGCUAGGAUUUUUAGGCAUUAUGGCCCGGAAUGAAGCUGACGUAGGAGUAUCUGGUAUAUUUAAUCGGAUCAGUCGUUUCGCAGAGUUUGACAUAAUACAUCAAGGCUGGAAAUUCGAAACUGCAUUUUUAUAUCGAUUCGUACCGGAGUUAAGCAACAAUAUUAAAGCUGGAAGCUUCUUGGUACCAUUUCAAAGACCCGUGUGGAUUUUAAUUGCAUGGUUGAUCAUAACCACAAGCUUAGUUUUUUGGCUUAUAGAUAAUAUAAAAAUACGGCAUGAGAACCAAAAACAAUUAUUGGACAAUAAGGAACAAACUUCUUUAGCCAACAUAUUGCUAAUUUCGAUAGCCGCCAUUUGUCAGCAAAGUGUGAAUCCAACAUCAAAAUGGCUAUCAAUAAGAAUACUAUUUCUUUCGGUAUUUGUUUUUUCGCUUCUGAUAUAUAAUUAUUAUACUUCUUCAGUCGUUUCUGGAUUAUUGUCCUCUUCUGCGCAAGGACCCACUAAUAUAGAGGAAAUCAUUUGCAGCCCUCUUAAAGUAUCUUUUGAAGACAUUGGAUAUUAUAAAGUUCUGUUUAGAGAAAGUAAAUCUGCCACUGUAAAACGUCUUAUAAGACAGAAAUUGCUACCCUCACGAAAGGAACUUGAUGAUUUACCAGUUUAUACUCACAUUCAGAAGGCCAUUUCUUUAAUUAAGAAAGGAUCCUACGCAUUCCAUUGUGAAUUAGCUGACGCCUUUCCAGAAAUCGCUAAAAACUUUGAUGCCAACGAACUUUGCACACUACGAGUCGUCAAAGGAUUAAUGGAUAUAGAAUUAAUGAAUGGGAUAGUGCCUAAAAACAGCCAAUAUACUGAGAUUUUUCGUUUCACGCUUAUCUGGUUCCGAGAGACUGGAUUAAUUGGAAGAGUUUUAUAUAAACGAUUGCAAAAAACCAACAUGUCAAGCAGUGUUUAUCGUUUUUCCAGUAACUUUUUCAAAUGUACUAGGCCUGUGUUUUUUGCUAGUUGGUGGGAUUAUAUUAUCUGUGUUAAUCGCAUUGUCAGAGAUCUCAAUUCAUGCGUACUUUAUUCAGUAAUACAAUUCUUGUGGUUUGUAUCAAUUCUUCAUUUUUGCUUAACCUAAUAUCGCUUCAAAAUAAUUUAAAAUAAAAAGUGGUUCAAAAACUU